AUGAAGGGGAGCUUGAGGGCACUCAAAAUCACACGUAACUGGACAUCACAAGCCCACAGAGCAUCAUCUCGCGCCUUUACUUCCGCAAAUGGCCCACCGUCAUCGAUUCCUAGGGCCAUGGAUGGGCUUACAUUCGAAGAGAGCUUCAAAACUGAACGGCCCUACCCGUUUACAGAUUCGAAAUCAUCCCCUACUCAUACUCUCCCGGCUUUUCACAAAUGGUUCACGAGAGAUGACCAGAGCACGUCUUUGUCUUCGUACAUGGAUCCUUUCCUCCAAUGGGACUUUCCCUAUGAGCUGAUAAAGCCCGUCAACCGAGGAUCUGAGACGAUUGCUCUUUUUCAUGAUACCUUGUUAAACCAAGCUGGCGUUGACCGGGAUCUAGCAGCAGCUCUUCAAACUGCCACUGCUGAAACCUCUCGCCAGCACCAAUUCUUCCAAGUUUAUGCACCUCUGAGGCUACUAGUUAAAGCACUCGAAUUUAAUAAUGCACAAAGGUUGGAAGCAAAUCCACCCGUGCAGCUUUACAUUGCGCAAUCUCUAUUACCAGACCUCCCCGAUGCUCUGCAGCGCGAUGUACCAGCUCCGGAACUGAUUCGCAGAGUGGGUAAAGGCGAUAUUUACAGCUCUUCGAUAUGGCUGGGGACUGAGCCGACUUACACCCCGUUACACCGGGACCCAAACCCGAAUUUGUUCUGCCAGCUGUGCAGUAGCAAAGUCGUGAGGCUUAUGCCACCCGCGAAAGGACUCGAGCUGUACAAUGGCGUGCAGAAGCAGCUUCGACGGUUAGGAAACAGUCGAAUGAGAUCCACGGAGAUGAUGGAGGGAGAAGAAAGGGAGAUGCUUCAUAGUGCCGUUUGGGGAGACGAACCGACGGCAACAGACGUCCAAGAGGUGACACUACGUGCCGGAGAUGGCCUGUUCAUACCAAAAGGCUGGUGGCAUUCUAUCGGGAGCGAGAAAUCGGACGGACAGCUAAAUGGUUCAGUCAAUUGGUGGUUCCGUUGA